GAUCAUAGAAAAGAGAUUUUUAUUUCGCUUAUUUACUACUAAUUUAAUAUCUGUGAUUUUAUUGUGCUUGUUAUAGUAUUUACAUCAUAGUGUACGCCUUGCUUCCGAGAUCAAGGACGAAUACAAUAAGGGACGCCAAAAGUCGUUAACGGCUCGUACAAGCUCGUACCUACUUUACUAAUUAAUGUGAUCCAUUUUAACAGCCAAUUUAAGUACAUACUUAAGUAGCCAUAACUUAUCACCGUGAUAAAUGAAGUAAAUCAAUUAUUAUUUUGAUUGUACACUUAUAUUUUGUACUUCGUUUUUUUAGUGAAUUAAUUUCAUGAAAACUAAUAAAAAUGAAUAAGCAACGGGCUCCAUCCCAAAUCAGUUCAGAAAACAAACAACAGAUCAAUACUAAAAAGAGAUCUCUACAACUUAAUGAAUGUUACAAACCAAAUAAAUCUAAAUCAAGAAAAAUUGAUUAUAACCUAGAUGUUGAUAUAGUUCCAUUAUUCAAAUUAGAGUUGCAAAGCAUUUUAAUGAAUUCUAAAAACUUAAAUACAACUAUAACAGAUAUCCUACCUUACGGGUCCAGAAUUUUAGGUCUUAACAUUGAUAAUAGCGAUGUUGACUUUAGUAUAAACUAUGUUUCAAAAACAUCAGUCAAAAAUGUUAUGAAAUCAUUUGCUAAGAAACUUCGUCAAAGUCAAAUAUUCAUUAGAGUUGUUCCUUUAUUCCGUGUUAAAAUACCUAUCAUAAAAUGUAUCCAUAAAAAUACUGGCAUUGAUUGUGAUAUAUCAUUUAAUAACAUGAGUGGAGUUUAUAACUCUCAUUUUCUCAAUAACAUUUUAAGUAUAGACCCUCGUAUUAAACCAGUUCUAAUAAAGUUAAAGAUAUGGGCUAAAAAUAUUGGGUUAAUUAAUACUAAAGGAUUUUCCAGUUUCUCAAUCUAUUGGCUAGGACUAUUUAACAUGCAAGUUAUGGGAAUAUUGCCUCCUAUUCGUGAUUUACAAAAAUCUGUUCCUGAAAUUCUAGUUGAUGAAUGGAAUUAUGCAUUUUCCAAAACUAAACAAGAAUAUAAUAUUAAUAAACAAGAAACUUUAAGUGUCAGUGACAUAUUCAAUUAUUUUCAUUCAUUUUAUUUAAAUUUCAAUUUCGAUAAAUUUGUGAUAAGUCCUUAUACUGGCUGUCCUUUACUUAAAAAAGAUUUUGAAGAUGUAGAAAAACUGCCUGAAGAAUUAUGGAGAUACAAACAAUUUUAUAAAGAAAAUAAAGAAUGUCAUGAGUUAUUAUUUUUAAAUACUAGUCAAUCUAAAAUGUACAUUCAAGAUCCAUUUCAACAUAAUGUAAAUAUUACAGCAAGAGUAAGACCAAAAGUAUUUAAUAAAUUUAUUAAUGCUUGUGUAAAAUUAAAAUCUUAAUGUAAUAAAAAAAAAAUUAAGCUUAUAUAUACUUUUACUUUUUAAUUAUAAAAAUUAAUCGUACUACAGUUAUAUUAUUUUAAUAAUAGCAUUUUGUAUUUAUGAAACAUUAUUUAUGCGAUAUUAAACAGUUUUUUUUUAAUUU